UGCCCAGCCGCCGACUAAGUUGCAUUCCUUGAAUCUUCGCAGAAAAGACAAUUCUUUCAUCAGAGUUAGUAAUGUGGACAGUACAAAAUCGAGAGAGUUUGGGGCUUCUCUCUUUUCCUGUGAUGGUUGCCAUGGUUUGUUGUGCACACAGCUCCAAUGAACCCAGCAACAUGUCAUACGUGAAAGAGACAGUGGACCGACUGCUCAAAGGAUAUGACAUUCGCUUGCGGCCGGACUUUGGAGGGCCCCCGGUGGACGUCGGGAUGCGGAUCGAUGUCGCCAGCAUAGACAUGGUCUCGGAAGUGAAUAUGGAUUAUACACUCACCAUGUAUUUCCAGCAGUCUUGGAAGGACAAGAGACUUUCAUAUUCUGGAAUCCCAUUAAAUCUGACCCUUGACAACAGAGUAGCUGACCAACUCUGGGUACCAGACACCUACUUUCUCAAUGACAAGAAAUCAUUUGUGCAUGGGGUUACAGUGAAAAACCGAAUGAUCAGGCUGCAUCCUGAUGGAACUGUUCUCUAUGGACUACGGAUCACAACCACAGCAGCAUGCAUGAUGGAUCUUCGAAGAUACCCUCUGGAUGAGCAAAACUGCACCCUGGAGAUUGAAAGUUAUGGCUAUACCACUGAUGACAUCGAAUUUUACUGGAACGGAGGAGAGGGAGCAGUAACUGGGGUCAAUAAAAUUGAGCUUCCCCAAUUUUCAAUUGUUGACUACAAGAUGGUGUCCAAGAAGGUGGAGUUCACAACAGGGGCAUAUCCACGACUAUCACUAAGUUUUCGUCUAAAGAGAAACAUCGGUUACUUCAUUUUGCAGACCUACAUGCCUUCCACACUGAUUACAAUUCUGUCCUGGGUGUCGUUUUGGAUCAACUAUGAUGCAUCUGCAGCCAGAGUCGCACUAGGAAUCACCACGGUGCUGACAAUGACAACCAUCAGCACUCACCUCAGGGAGACUCUGCCAAAGAUCCCUUACGUCAAAGCGAUUGAUAUCUAUCUCAUGGGCUGCUUUGUGUUCGUGUUCCUGGCUCUACUGGAAUACGCUUUUGUAAAUUACAUUUUCUUUGGAAAAGGCCCUCAGAAAAAGGGAGCGAGCAAACAAGACCAGAGUGCCAAUGAAAAGAACAAACUGGAAAUGAACAAAGUCCAGGUUGAUGCUCACGGCAAUAUUCUCCUCGGCACCCUGGAAAUCAGGAACGAGACCAGUGGCUCCGAGGUGCUCACGGGUGUAAGUGACCCCAAGGCCACCAUGUACUCAUACGACAGCGCCAGCAUCCAGUACCGCAAGCCACUGAGCAGCCGCGAGGGCUUUGGGCGUGGGCUGGACAGGCAUGGGGUGCCCGGCAAGGGGCGGAUCCGCAGACGCGCCUCGCAGCUCAAAGUGAAGAUCCCUGACUUGACUGACGUGAACUCCAUAGACAAGUGGUCCCGAAUGUUCUUUCCCAUCACCUUUUCACUUUUUAAUGUCGUUUAUUGGCUUUACUAUGUACACUAAGGUCAGUCUUAUGGUUCAGUUUAGACUACCUUCCUCCUCACUUGUUUUUGAACCCCACAGAUUCCCAACAGCGGUAACUGCUGUGGUUUUUUGAGGUAAGAGAUUCAGCAUUCCAGUUGGUUUUCGAUCCUGUGUGUCAGUUUUUAUUAUCACACCAUGUUUACUUCAACAACAACAACAAAAGGUAUUUUUUCCUGUCUACUGUGGGCCAAGGUACCAGCUCUGUAAGAGUUCCAUCAACUGCUUUGUUUACAAACACAAAGAGAGAGGUAGGAGGGUGUAGAUAUUGUUGGCAGUCUUUCUUAGUUGCCCUGGAUCUUACUGGAUUGUUUUAAAAUGAAAAUGUACAGUGGACCUUGCUGUCCACCUGCACUGUGUUCUGGGUAAACGGUAACCAUCUCAUGAUGCCAAAAAAAAUUAAAUAGAAA